CAUAUCGAUUAUAACGGCGAAAUUGGGGCGCGGCGAAGACAGGCUGCGGUGCGGCGAAGUUUGUUAGUUUUGUGCUGUGCUCGCUAAUAUAUAUGCAUUUAUGUAUUGUAUAUUCACGAAAAAAUGGAAUUGUCAAAUAAAUUAAAGGCGAGUGGAUGGCACUUUACCGAGGAUGGAUUAAAGACAUUAACAAGCGCCGUCGGCGACAACCCCGACCCUUGCAAAAUAAUUGAUGAAGCUUUAAACCGCGAUCUGCGCGACAUCGGAGGCGGCGCAUUGCCAACUAAACGCGAGGAGGGCUCCGGGGAGCUCGCAGGUCGCAUUGUGCUGCAGGUACAGAGAGUGCGAAACAUUUCUGCCCCGAAGAGCAAUGAGGAGUCGAAGGCUGCGCCGCGGCUCUUGCAGCUGGAGCUGAGCGAUGGCCAGGCAUCGCUACAGGCCCUGGAAUUGGAGCCUGUGCCAGCGCUGAACCUGAACGUGGCGCCCGGCACAAAGAUUUACUUUCACGCCGAGAAAUUGCAGCUUAUACAAGGCUAUCUACUGCUGCGUCCCAACGAUUUCAAGUUACUGGGCGGGCGAGUGGAGGCGCUUUACGAAAAGUGGGACUUCGCCCGCACAAUGCUGAAAUACGCACGCAGCGGACGGCCACUCACCGGAUCGACUGCUCCGCCGCCGUGGGUCGCAUUUGGCAAGAGCAUCGAUGCAAAUGCGGAUCGCAACUUUAAGAGUCUCGCACCGAAUGCGGAUAAGGACAAGCCCGCAAAGGAGAACGACGAGUUCAACAGCAUGCGAAACGAAGCCAUUGCCGUGGCCAGCAAGGCAGGUGUGAAGAAGGUUUUCGGCGGUGGAGGUCAGAAUAUUAUCGACCAUAAUAUUAAGAAGAUUCUCGAAAAGGGCUACAGCAAGGAGGAAGCCAAGACUGCAUUGCAAGCGACACGUAAUAAUUUGGAGCGCGCCCUCUUCAAUCUGAAGAGGCGCAAGGAUGCAGCUGAGGGAUACAGCGAGCCCCCAAUAAGGGCCGGCCGGGGGGAGAGGAACGGUAGGGAGGGAAAACGUGGCGCCAGCCUUAAAGAAGAAGCUGAAGCCGCAAAACCAGCAGCAAAUGCCACACUUUUCGACUUUCUUACCACUAAACUACGCACGACGGACACGACACCGACUACCGAGGCAGCCGGUGAAUCUACAAAACCAAUUUCAAAUGCCGAGAAGACGAUUGUCAGGCAAUAUGAAAACGAUUAUAAAGCCUCAGCUGUAACAUUAGCUGAGAACAAGACUCAAAGCUUGAGCGAACGCACGCGAUUUGAGAACAAUGUUUCAAGCAGUUUUGCUGCGAAUCGUGGCGGUCAUUCUGGCCGGCCUUCACGAGGCGGGGCACGUGGUCGGGUUGGUCGCGACGACCGUUCGUCACGUGGCGUGGGCAGCAGCUACAACGAUCGGGGUGGAGCUGCGGGUGGCGGCAGCAUGCGUAAGCAUGAGACGAACUCGCGUCCAUCGGAGUCGACACAUGCCAAAAGCGCCAACCGUAAUGGCCAUGACCACAAUGCAGCAACAAGCAAAGCUGGCUCCUCUGAGGGGAAGCAAGAGAGUUCUGCAAAGGAUCAGGGCAACAACAGGCGUACGAACGAACGCCAGAAUCAUCGCAUUGGAAAUACUCGAGCCGAAAAUGGGACUGCCAGCAAUCACAACAAUCGACGUCGUCAGCAAGGAAUUGGCACAAGUGGCGCUGGCGCUGGCGCUGUUGCCCCCGCGGCCAAAAGCGCCAACUCUUAUAACAACAACAAUGAUGAAUUCAACAAUCGUUUGAAUAAAGUCGUCGCAGAGACCGCAAACUUGAAGCUCAGCUCCACCAAGCGUGAGCAUAGACGCGGUGGAAGGCAAAGCGGCGGACAGUCCACUCGACAGCAAUAUGAAACGCAGGGGACUUUCAAUCAGGCACCAAAAUCGCUGGAGAAGAGUCUUCCAGCUCAGCGACAGCAGAAAUCGCAGCAGGAAAAUGCUCGACAGCCAUUGAAUGCCAGCAGCACUCAAUUGCCGAACGGAUAUACUUAUGAUCCCAGCAAAAUCAUGGGAUUCCAAACGAAGGAGACAAAUGAGUUUGCCAUGAGCUUGCUGAAGAGCCAGGGAUUGACUCUUGCGCCCACCAACCACUCUCCGGCACAGACCCAACCAGCAAAUAACUUGCCUCCUGCACAAGCGGGCCCCACUUCCUUUAUGUCGUCUAACCCGCAGCCAGUUGCAAUACCAGCGCCCCCAGCAAAUUUAGGCCUGGCUCCGUGCGAUGCUUGGAUGUGGAAGAGCAAUGAUUUGUGUAUGGCCAAGUACUGGGAUGAUGGACGGUACUAUGAAGCUGAGAUAACUGCAGUCGGGGAGAAUACGUGCGUGGUGUACUUCCUCGGCUAUGGAAACCAUGAAGAAGUAUUAAAAUCCGAUAUUCUGCCGAUCACGGACGCCCAAAACAGACCAUUGACCAACAUUUCCCAGCCACAGCCACCACAGACGCGUCAUCGCGGCGAUCGCCAGGCUCAGCAACAGCAGGUAUAUGUGCCACCACACAAGCGGGAAAAUUGAGAAAAUCGAACCUAUUCAAAACUAAAUUAAAUGUGUCGAACAAACAAUUAUAAACAUUUUUUACAUUUACAUUCAUGUGAACAAUGUACAUAAACAUGUACAUAUACGUACAUCUUAUCAAGGUUAAA